AUGUACGCCAUUGCGAACGAUGGAGAUGACUUGGAGAACCUCGAGAGCAUUUUUCUACGUUAUUACAUUAGGAAAACACUGGACGAGUACAUUGAUUAUUCGCUGGACAACGUUAGUUCGCUGCAAACCAGACUGAAUCCCAACAGAAAGACGGUACUGUACAUUCAUGGCUACACGGAGAACCUGCAAAGGGAGAGCGUACGGACGGUGGUGCAAGCGUAUCUCAACCAAGACAAUCACAACACCAUCGCGUUAAGUUACGCUAAAUUGGCGAACGGGACGUACACGAAAGUGGUGAAGAAUAUUGUUCAGGUUGGAGCCGUUGUUGCGCUGUUUCUCGACAACAUGGAAAAAACAGGCUUUAAUACGGAGAAACUGCACAUCGUCGGCCAUUCCAUGGGCGCCCAUGUCGCUAGCUAUAUCAGCAGAAAAGUCAAUUUUUCGGUCCCUAGAAUCACAGGUUUGGAUCCUGCCGGCCCUUUCUUUAAUUUCCUGGAGCCCCAUCUCUCGUACCAUGAUGCGCGUUUUGUGGACAUCAUACACACAGACUACGCAUAUUACGGUAUUGCCGUAAGCACAGGCACAGUGGAUUUCUUCCCGAACGGCGGUCAUCGUAUACAACCCGGUUGUCCGGAAAAGAUUAAAGUCUUCAGCGCGGCUGAUUUCUGCAGUCAUCAUCGUUCCUGGGAAUUCUACGCUGAGUCUGUAACCAAUGAGUCAUCCUUCCUGGGGGUGCAUUGUUCUUCAUGGCCUGACUUCUUGUCUGGCAAUUGUAACAAUAAUACCCCGAUCUUCAUGGGUUACAGGGCAUCACGGGCUCCGAACAUCAUGGAGGGCAAUGUUUAUUUGAAGACGGCCGCGCAAAGUCCUUUCGGGCUGGAGAAAAAAGGAGCUCAAGGUACCGUUAUGUAAUACGAUGACCGACGACUAUAUUACGUGGAAUUGCAACGUAGAAAAAAUACAUCAUGAGAUCUAUCAACGGGGACAGACCUUAUCAAUAAAAGAAAAACCACCAAUAUAUCGACCUCAACGUCACAUAUUCUGCUAGGCUACGUUCAUCGUAUAUUAAUGAACAAUCGAGUAUAGCGUUUUAGUUUACUUACCGUAAUAACGAGUAGGUAAUCGUCAUUGUAUUACUUCACACAGCAAGUUUCCCGCUUCACGCAGUAACGUUGUCAGUUCGAAGAUAUUUUCACGUUUCAGAUCCUUUUC